ACACACAACAACACGGCUCACUAACGGGUCCGCUCACCGGCGUUAGUGUCGGUAACAACACCGGAACACACCGAGGCCUCUGUGUUUCACUGCCAGGAUGGACGUCUGUCAACACAACGGGCACAUGGAGGAGAUCUCCAAGAAGCUGGAUGAGUGUUUGUCUGUGGAUACAGACGACCAGAUGGAAACCUACCACAGAUUGAUUCAAGACGGUAAAGACGUCGGCAGACAAGGUGACAUGAAGAAGGCUCUGAAGUUCUUCAAACAGGCGUUCGACAUCCGCCAGAGUGAAAAACUGGAAAGCAGGAUAAAGAAAAUUGAGGAACAUCUUGCUCAGAACGAGUCUGAGGAGGAGGACGACGACUUUGUGGACGUGAACGGCAGCGGUUUGAUGCUUUUCAAAGAGUUGUACGACAAACUUUACAACUACCAGAGAAACGGAGUGGCCUUCCUGUACAGCCUCUACAGAGACGGCCGUAAAGGGGGCAUCCUGGCCGACGACAUGGGCCUCGGUAAAACCAUCCAGGUGAUCUCCUUCCUCUCCGGCAUAUACGACAGCGAGCUGGCCAAGCACACGCUGCUGGUCAUGCCCACUUCACUCAUCACCAACUGGACCAAGGAGUUCGCCAAAUGGACUCCCGGCAUGAGGGUGAAGGAGUUUCACGGUACCGGCAAAGAGAGGACCAGGAAUCUGGAGAAAGUUCAGAGGAGGAGCGGCGUCAUCAUCACCACGUACACCAUGAUUAUGAAUAACUGGCAGCAGCUGUCCUCGUACAACGGCAGAGAGUUCACGUGGGACUACGUGAUCCUGGACGAGGCACACAAGAUAAAAUCCACAUCCACCAAAACAGCCAAAAGUGUCUACGCCAUACCCUCAAAAAACCGGGUUCUUCUCACGGGCACUCCGGUCCAGAACAACCUGAAGGAAAUGUGGGCUCUGUUUGACUAUGCGUGCCAAGGAGCUCUCCUGGGCACGGCUAAAACCUUCAAAACCGAGUAUGAGAACCCCAUCACCCGGGCCAGAGAGAAGGACGCCACUCCGGGGGAAAAGGCUCUCGGGUCUCGGAUGUCCGAGAACCUCAUGACCAUCAUAAAGCCCUACUUCCUCCGCAGGACAAAAGCAGAAGUGCAGAAGAACAAAAUGAACGCCGAAAAACAGCAAGAACAGGAAGACAAAGACAGCCGAUUCCCAAAACCCCCGAAAGACACCGGAGCCGUCAUGCCGACGCUGAAGAGGAAGAACGACCUGAUUGUGUGGACUUACCUGAGCCCCGUCCAGGAGGACAUUUACAGGCAGUUCAUUUCUCUGGACCACAUCAAGGAACUGCUCAUGACCACCAGAUCGCCUCUCGCCGAGCUCAACAUCAUGAAGAAGUUGUGCGACCACCCGAGACUGUUCUCUGCUGCAGCCAUAGCCAAGUUGGGCUUGGAGGAAAGUCGAGCUGACGGUCAGCAGAAUGACGACCCGGCCGACGCAGGAAGCAUCGCCAACGUUCCCGACGACACCUUGAUAUCAGAGUCGGGGAAACUUGUCUUCCUGUUUGCUCUUCUAGAGCGGCUCAGAGACGAAGGCCACCGCACGCUGGUCUUCGCUCAUUACAGGAAGGUGCUCGACAUCAUCCAACGCAUCCUCGGAAACCGAGGCUUCAAGGUGAUGAGGCUGGACGGGACCAUAACUCAGAUCGCAGAGAGAGAGCGGCUCAUCACUCGGUUCCAGACGGACAGCAGCUACUCCGUCUUCCUCCUCACCACCCAGGUCGGAGGAGUCGGCAUCACUUUGACGGCAGCGGACCGAGUCGUGAUCUACGAUCCGAGCUGGAACCCGGCGACGGACGCCCAGGCCGUGGACCGAGCGUACCGCAUCGGCCAGACGGAAAACGUGGUCAUCUACCGGCUGAUCACCUGCGGCACCGUGGAGGAGAAGAUCUACAGACGGCAGGUGUUCAAAAACUCCCUCAUCCAGCAGAACACCGGCGACAAGAAGAACCCGUUUCGCUACUUCAGCAAGCAGGAGCUGAAGGAGCUCUUCAUCCUGGAGGACACGCGGUCCUCGUCCACGCAGAUGCAGCUCCAGGCGCUGCACUCCAGACACCGGCGGACCGACCCCGAGCUGGACGAGCACAUCGCCCACCUCCACUCCAUGGAGAUGUUCGGGAUCUCCGACCACGACCUCAUGUUCUCCGUCGACGUCAACCACGACGAGGCGCCGGAGGACCAGGAGGCGCACCACUACAUCGAGGGUCGGGUCCAGAAGGCCCAGGAGCUGAUGAAGGCCGAGUCGGAGCUGCAGAUGCAGCUGGCGGAGAGCAUGGCGUCCAGCACGGAGGCAGCCUGGCGCCGACAACCGGAGUCCAACAACAACAGGGAGCGGUCUCAUGAGAAGAGAAAUCCAAGACCCAGUCCUUCAUUCCCACAGCAAGACCGCAACUUCAACGGGUCGCCGGUUGUGGUGGAGUUGGACCAGUCUAGUUCGGACAAGGAGGACGUCCAGCAGAGUGGUGGUCCAGUUAUUGACCUCACUGUGGAUGAGAGCAUGUCAGAAGAUCAACCCGUGGUUCUAGAAGGAAGCCCAGACGAGCUUCAGGAGCAGAACCUGUAUUCCCCAAAACCCCCGCCGGUCAAACAGGAGAGGAGUUACAUGGAGGAGGAGGACGCCUCCCCUCCGGAGGUGAUUGAGGACUCUUUGGUGAUGUCAGAGACCGGUGACGUCUCUGUUCAACAGCUGAUGGACCAGUCUGUGAUGUCUUGUGAUGCUUCAGCGGGCGACGACAGCCCGGCGUACGUCACGGCGGCAGAAGACGACUUCGCUCCUCUGAAGAACAAACGACUUUCCGUCCUGAAGCUCGAUUUGGAUGCGAAGACGGACACGUCGUCCCGAAUCAGCUCAGGACUCGAGUCCUUUGAGGGAAACUUCAAUUUACAGCUCGAUGAAAGCGAGGGGUUCUCGGUCCACGACGUGGGCGAUGACCAGGAGACGGAGGAGACGGAGGAGGAGGAGAGGAAGCUGCUCUCACAGCUGCAGAUGGACGGGAGCUUUGACGUCUACAAAUCUCUUUCUGAGAGACAACACGAAGAAGCGCUCAGCAAAAGUCUCCAUAACGGCUCUGCGAUGGACAAGUCCAUGGAGGACUCUAUUGUGGCCAGCAUGAGGAAGAAGAGAGCAGCAGUGAUUUAUGACAGUGAAGAGGAGGAGGAUGAUGAUGAAGAUGAUGAUGGGGGUAAACUCAACAACUCUUUCGAGGCUCUUGGAGCCUCCACGCCUAAAUCCGGCCCCACCCCUCUCCGGUCCAGAAAGAGCGUCGGAGGAAACACCUCCGUGGCCUCCCGCCGCUCCUUCAUCAUGUCCAUGAUAGAAGACAUCGACACACGACCAGCUGAUGAAGAUGAUGAUGAUGAUGAGGUUUCAGAGAGGAACUCGGAUGAAGAGGAAAUCAUCGGUUCAACUCAUGAUGAGCUUCAGCUGGAGGAGACAGUCGGAGAGACAUUAAACACAGAGGGGGAGGAGGAGGAGUCUGGACAGGAAGUGAGCAGUAACGAGGAGGAGGAGGAAGAAGAAGAAGAGGAGGAGGAGGAGGAGGAAUCUGGACAGGAAGUGAGCAGUAACAUGGAGGAGGAGGAGGAGUCUGGACAGGAAGUGAGCAGUAACAUGGAGGAGGAGUCCAGCACGCCUGAGCUAGCCUCCGACGAGAAGAUGGAUCAGUGCACCGCGGACGCCGGAGUGGAGAUGAAGUGCAUCACCCUGCUGGAGGAGGAGGAGGAGGAGGAGAGCUUCGUCUCGCUGGUCAGCAGAGGGAAGGAGAAGAAGAGCAGAGGGGAGCUGGACGAGGCCUUGAGCUUCUUCCUGAGAGCCAUCGACAUGAAGCCUGGAGACCCUGAGGUCCAGCUGAUGACCAUCCAGCUGUACCGGCAGCUGAGCCAGAGGAGCUGACGGCUUCAUGACUGGACAGAGGAGGCUUCAUCUCUACCUUUAGAUAUUCAUCAUCUGUGCAACCAGAAAAAGGUUUCCAUUAUUAAUUAAACUGCAGGUUUUGUUUUUUAUAUCAAUGAUUUUGUUUCUAAAAUGUUUCCUUGAAGAUUUCCCAAAAUGAAUGACGUCAACCACAUUUGACCAACAGUCAAAAACACAAAGAUAUGUUAAAUAUAAAUAAAUAUAAUAAUAUAAUAAAGCCUUAUGUAAAUAUUAUAUUUAUUCAAAUAUGAAUACAUAUAAUAAUAUAUAGAGCCUUAUGUAAAUAUUAUAUUUAUUCAAAUAUAAUAA